AGUUCAGUGCAGUCCUAGUGCAGCUAAAAAGAAUAAACCUUUUGUUUUGCUCUAACUUAUUGCACCAAUUCACAAUGCUGCUAUAAAGAAUAGACUACAUGUGUGAAUGCGUACAUCGUGAGGUGCGAUGUUAUGUGAUUUUUUAUAUGGAGUAUUAAUUUAUAUGUUGUCAGAUCAUAGUGGUGAGAAUGAAUAACAUGGAUGAGGAAGAUGAAGAUAUCGUGAUAGAAGGUAGUGCCCUUCACGAACAUCUGUCAAAAUUUGGCUAUACAGACUUUGAAAGUGUGUUCAUACCUAAAAGAGCAUAUUUUGAAGAGGACCGUUCUUUAAAUAUUGAUGUUAAAAGUAUAUUGAAAAAGGUUUAUAUGCGGCUAUUUUCUCUUUAUUCUUAUAUAACACAGGAAAAAAACAUUUCUAGAAAUCAGCUAAGCAUUAUUUUUAAUGCAGAUGUUCUAUUAAAUGAUCAUUCUUCCAUGAUUAAUAAUAUUCUAAUUAAGUACAGUAACAAUUCUAAAAGAAUAAUAUUGCAAGACUUAAUUGUGAAUGGAGUUAUAUUAAUCUCUUCGACAUACAUUUUAUUACGUAAAAGUAAGAUUUUACCAGCAUUAUUUGCAUCAUCUGUAAUUUGUUGUGCUGGUUACUUACAACGUUUACGUUUUUGUGCCACCCAAGAUUUAAAAAGUCUUAUAUCAUUGCAAAAUGAACUGUUUGUUAUGUGUAAGGAAGGUCUUAAGAUUUUGCGGAAUGUGUUCAGAAUAAAAUUGGGUUUUAAAACACACGUACAGCAAUUUUUUCAUUUUCUAGGAGAAAAAUUGCAAUAUCUGCAACCUUUAACAGAAAUUUUAUUAAGGUUUUUGGAAAAUAUUUCAUAUAUUUAUUAUGAAUGUACCUUAUUGAUUGCGAAAUUAAUACCAUGGGACAUAUUUAAUGGAGAUUUAUUUACAAAAUUUGAACGUAAUUCAUUUUGGGUAUUUGGUGAAAUUAACUAUCAAGUAUUAAAGAAAUCAUAUCAUACUUAUCUUCUGGUACAAUCGGAAAUGUUAUAUUUAUUAGCUAUUGCGUAUGACAAAAAUACCUGGAUAAGUUAUUGCCAAAAGAUUCCCGAAACAGAAUUGGCCCAUAUAAUUCAUAUUUUAGUUAGAUAUUUGGCAAUNUCAAUAAAAUAUCAUCGAUUGAUAAAUUACAUGAGAUUUUUCCUUGUUAGAGUACGAGAUAUAGCUAAAUGGCAUAAUCCGUCCGUCCAACUGGACUUGGCAUCUUACAAACUACAAUUGGCCUAUAAUCAGGUGUUUUUAAUAUUUAAAAACAUCGAUGACUGCAUCAGCCAAGAGAGUGGUAUCAGUAGUGAAACAGCGAAGAUACUGAUGCAAAAAUUGGACACAGCAUUUAAAGAAUUUAGCACAGCUAAAAGUUUAGCAGAAUUUACUAUUUUAUUGAUAGCAAAAUCAGGAUUUAAUAGCCUGAAAGGCAAUCAACCUAUAAUUGAUCAUAUUACGAUAGAUAAGAAUCCUGAUUUACCUGUGAAUUUCGAUUCAGAUCCAGAGAUUCUUGACGAAGUAUUUGAAGAAUAUAUCAAAGAAGAAUACUUGAAAAAACCAUUGUGUGAAGAAGAGGACGAAUAUUCAUUAGAACAAUAUAAAUUAGAUAAACUUUUGAUGAAAAAUUUUAUGAGCGAGUUAAAAGAGGCUUUAUUCGACAAAAGAAAAUCUAUGUCCGAACGAGAAACCAAAGCGCUACGACGUAUAUAUAAAAAUAUAUCAGAAAAUACUGCACUGAAUAAUGAGGACAAUAUAUGUAAAGAUGAUCAAUUUAUACCUAUUCCACCAUCAAUGCCUCCUCAUUGUUUAUGGUCAUCCAACAAUAUUAUACCCAAUGCAAGUCACGAGAAAAUAGCUUCCUCCAGUUGUAAGAUUAUAAGUGAUGGUUUACCUAUAAGUGAUAAUUUACCUAUUCAAAAAGAGGUUGACAAAUUAAAUGAAGAAUUAAAUGAAGAAUGUAAUCUUUUAAAGCCAUUAAAAUAUAAAAACAUUUCCAGUAUGUAUUCUACUGAAACUUACGAGGAAAAAGAUGAUGACGAGUCCCUUUCAUGUUUGCCACAGAUUCUUUUUGAAACUCAAGCCGCGCAAUAUGUCAUGAAACUACCAUGUGCCUUUAUACAGGAGGAAACAUUUAUGGGGAGUGGUGAGAAUUCCGAAGACGAGAUUGUAGAUAAUGUGGUCGAUAAAAAUGAUGAUGAUAAAAAUAAUGAAGAUUCUCAAUAAUAAAUAUAUCACAUUUGGAUUAAUAA